ACCAUUUUGUAAUGGUGUUUGAUACGCGAAAAUGCCGUGUUCUUCGAUGAUUUUUGUGAAUUGAGAAUAUAAGUGUCACGUCUGCCUUGUACCUGAGAAAAUGACGCAGUUUCUACCGCCGAACUUGUUAGCUUUGUUUGCUCCGCGAGAUCCAAUACCGUAUUUGCCUCCUGUUAGCAAGCUCCCGCACGAGAAGAAAAAUGGAGGCUAUAUCGGCGUUGGAUCGUUCCUUAAAUAUUUCGAGGAUCCCAAAGAUACACCGCCACCGGUACGCGUGGAAACCAGGGAAGAACGUCUUGAGCGUAGGAGAAGGGAACGUGCAGAGCAAGUGGCAUAUAAACUAGAACAGGAAAUCGCAGUAUGGGACCCCGCUGGCAUUCCAAAUGUCACUGCGGACCCUUUCAAGACACUUUUUGUAGCUCGAAUUAACUAUGACACGUCUGAGUCCAAACUUAGGAGGGAAUUUGAAGUAUACGGUCCAGUAAAAAAGAUAGUGGUAAUUCACAAUACAAUAAAUGGCAAGCCUAGAGGAUAUGCUUUCAUUGAGUAUGAACACGAAAGAGAUAUGCACUCGUGGCGGCCGCUGCCGGCAACUAGUGCCGUUCACUAUUCCAUGCAAUCCCUGAACCUGCCUGAUAUGAUAGCUGCGUAUAAGCAUGCGGAUGGUAAGAAAAUAGAUGGUCGCAGAGUGUUGGUCGACGUUGAACGAGCUAGGACCGUGAAAGGAUGGCUUCCGCGAAGGCUCGGCGGUGGUCUCGGAGGGACGAGAAGAGGUGGGCCUGAUGUGAACAUUAAACACUCUGGUCGGGAGGAUAAUGAAAGAGAACGAGAACGUUACCGCUUGGAACGGGAGAGGGAGAAUUCUGGACGCCUUGAUAGAGACAGAGAUCGCGAUCGUUUGGACAGAGAGCGCAGAAGGUCGCGCGAUCGUAAAAGAAGAUCGAGAACUAGAUCACGCGAUCGAAAACGCAGGCGAAGCCGCGAUCGUUUACCCGACCCGGAUAUCGAAGAGAUACAAAGGGACGAACGGCCACGCGACAGAAGAGACCGCGAACGGGACCGCGAUCGCGACCGGGAACGUAAAAGAAGACGAUCCAGGAGCAACGAACGCGAUCGCGACAGGGAUCGCAAGAGAGACAAACGUGAUCGUGAUCGUGAACGUAGAGAUAGGAAAGAUCGUGGCGAACGUCCGGACGAAGACACGAAAGAAAUUCGAAUCAAAGAAGAGCCUUUGGACGAUUAUCCUGACUACAGCAAUACUUUCCAAACAUCAGGAUCAUACUUCACGGCUGUAAAAUACGAAGACGACAACGAGCAAGAAGUGGAAGAGAAAUACAGAAUUCCAGAAGGUCGUCCAGAUCCCCCUCCCUAUAAUAAUUACGAUUCCGUACAAGAUUACUGAUCUCGAUAAUAUUUCGUAUAACGUUCUUUUUCGUUACCACGCACGGUGAAUUUAACGCAAUCGUCAAUAACAUAUUAUAUUUCAUAUUGUUGUUAGUGUAAUACCGAAUUGGCCUUAACGAGUAUUUAGUUGCUGUGCAUCCAGCGAUUGGAUAUUCGAUAAGGAUGUUGCAAGGUAAGCGGGCACGAACGACUGAUUUGUAUGCAGUUAUUUCUGCCUUGAUUAAAUUCGAAAUUUUAUAUAUUUAUGGUUGGUACGAAGGCAAUCCCUGGAAAAUGAAUUUAGAUGCUCCGAAUAUUAUUAGAAAUACGUUUGUGAAUAAUUGAGUUUUAUUGUAGCAGUCUAUGCGGAACCUCGCAAUAUGGAAUUGAAUGGUCCAUAAGCACGUUCGAACAUUAUUACAGCUACUAAUAAUUUCAGCAUUCUCUGUAUGUGUACAUAAGUAUAUACAAACGUAUUACAUAAAUUUGAUUCUUUUAUGACUGCUGAAUGUAUAUUUAUAUAUACGAAUAAAAUA